AUGGCGGCCUCGCUUCGGACGGGCGCGGCAGUCACCGCGGCGCUGACCCAGCUGGACCGGGUGUCUAUUCUGGCGGAGGCUCUGCCCUACAUGCAGCGUUUUGCGGGCAAAACAAUCGUUGUCAAGUAUGGCGGGGCCGCCAUGAAGGACCCCACGCUCAAGGCUGGCGUGAUCACGGACCUGGUGCUGCUGUGGACUGUCGGCAUCCGCCCUGUGCUGGUGCAUGGCGGCGGCCCUGAGAUCAACAGCUGGCUCACAAAGCUGGGCAUCCAGCCCGAGUUUAAAAACGGCCUGCGAGUCACUGACGCCCCCACCAUGGAGGUGGUUGAGAUGGUUCUUGGCGGCCGCGUCAACAAGGGGCUGGUCAGCCUGAUCCAGCAGGCGGGCGGCAAGGCCGUGGGGCUGAGCGGCAAGGACGGGGACCUGCUGCGGGCACGGCAAAUGGUGGAGAAGGACAUUGGGUACGUGGGCGAGGUGACCAAGGUCGACGCGACGCUGCUGCGCAGCCUGGUGGCCAGCGGCUACAUCCCCGUGGUGGCCACCGUCGCCACUGACGAGUCGGGGCAGGCGCUCAACGUCAACGCGGACACCGCGGCGGGUGAGAUUGCUGCAGCGCUGCAGGCGGAGAAGCUCAUCCUGAUGACGGACGUACCGGGCGUGCUGCGCGACAAGGAUGAUGUUAGCACCAAGUUUGCUGAGCUGAACAUCAAGACCUGCAGGGAGCUGACUCAGGAGGGCAUCAUCGCGGGCGGCAUGAUCCCCAAGGUCCAGUGCUGCAUCCGCUGCAUCAGCCAGGGCGUCACCGCCACACACAUCAUUGACGGCCGCAGCCGCCACUCCAUCUUGAUGGAGCUGCUGACGGACGAGGGGGUGGGCACCAUGAUCACUGGUUAG